UCCAAGCAGCACAGGUAACCUCCCUCCCCCCUGCCCUCAGUCCGCAGCACAGGGCUGCACCUCACGGCGGGUCACGCUGUGCCCCCAGGAGCCAGCCAGGAUGCGCGCAGCCCUCUUCUGCCUCUGCCUCUGCCUGCUGGGCACCGUGCUGCCCACACCCGUGCCACCUCCAGCCAGGGCAAGAGGAAACUGCCCUGGACAGCACCAGAUACUGCUGAAAGGUUGCAACACCAAACACGGCUUCUAUGUAUUCAGGUACAUAUACUCCUUCACGCGGAGAAACCAGACACAGGUCAAGAAAGAAGAAGGUGACCACCAGGGCACAAUCCAUGGCCGCUGGCUGGGUAAGGUGGAUGGGGAGGCCCCGGGGCAAGGUAUUGGAAGCAGCCAUGUGCCGGAGGACAAAGACAGCCCCAAGCCCCACAGCCACAUCACUCCAGCAAGCAAAGGGGAAGGCCGUGCUCUGCGCCCCAGUAUUGGUGACAGCAAUGGUGUGUAUCCCACCCUGACCAGUGUGGAAGGCAGCGGUGACAUGGGUUCGAUGUUGCUGGGGGAGAUCAUCGAUGGCGAAGAUGGCCUCCCCCAAAGCACCCGCCCUGGUGGACCUCAUGGAGAUGGCAUUGGUGGUAACGGUGUUACACUGGGUGUCCUGGUGGAUGGGGCUGUGACAGCAGGGAGGGAGGGGGCCACCGAUUCUGAAGGGGUUUGGGGUGAGGACGGCAGCCAUGCCACUGAGCCCGACCAAGGGCAAGCGGGCACCAUGGGGACGGGAGACUCUGCCAUCACUUCUGUCACCAAGAAGGAAGAUGUCCAUGUGGAUGCAGAAGGCAUAGAUGAGUUUGCAUACAUCCCUGAUGUAGACGCUGUCACCAUCACCCAGGGGCAGGACGGUGAAACACAUAUCUCUCCAGAAGAUGAGGUGAAGAUUUUCAUUGGAAGAGCCAACAUUCAAGUGGGUGAGAAUGACAGCAGUGUGGGCAGCGCUGGUGCUACCAGAGAGGCCAAUGUCAUCCCUAUGGCAGUGACGGCCAAGCCUCAGGGAUACCCUGAGGAAUCAGCCACCAUGGCCACCCUGCAUCACGGGGACAGUGCCUCCAGCAGGCUUGGGGGCCACCCUUCUGUGGGAAACAGUGGGGAUGGUGCCACUGCCAUCCACAGUGGACAAGAUCUGGGGCUCCCUAGCCCUCGGGAGAGAACUGGUGAUGAUGCCACUGUCACCAUGGCAGUCGGUGGCCAAAGUGGCAAGGGGAGAAGCGGGCAGAGGCCAGUGGGGAAGCAUAGCCUUCCUGCUACCAUGACAACUCAGGGUGCCAGAGGUACAGCCUCCUCAGGGCUGACUACAGGGGACUGCAGCACUGCUGCCAGCACACCAUUUGGGAAAGGGAGCCAGAGGGCCACUGCAGGACAAGGAGAGAGCAGGGAGGUUGGGACAGCAGGUCCAGAGAGACAGAGGGCUAGGGCCCAACAAGAGGUGGCACCAGCACCUGGUGUGGUGGGAGGAAUGGUGGUCUCAGAGGGGCAUGGGAUCAGGACCCAGCCAGAGGUGGCAUCGGCACCUGGCACAGUGGAGACAGCAGCCCCAGAGAGGCACAGGAGCAGGGCUCAGCAAGAAGUAGCACCAGUACCCAGCAUGGUGGGAAAAACAGUAACCUCAGAGAGGCACAGGGCCAGGAUGCGACCAGAAUCAGCCAGGCUUGGACAAGCAGCGAGGCCAGAGGUGGCACCAGCACCCAACACCGUGAGGGGAAUUGUGGCCCCAGAGGGGCACCGGGCUAGGGUUUGGCCAGGGGCAGCACCAGCACCCAACACCGUGGGGGGAAUUGUGGCCCCAGAGGGGCGCCGGGAUAGGGUUUGGCCAGGGGCAGCACCAGCACCUGGAGUGUUGGGGGUGGCCAGGCCAGCUCCUAGUGGAGCCUAUAAUGGGGACAAAAGAAAUGCCAUGGGAAAGUCCCCAGAUGUACCAAGGGACCCCUGGGUGUGGGGCAGCGCCUACCCCCAGACCCAGAACACUAGGGGCAGCAAGGCGACAGGAGGCUUUGCCCACCUGCAUGGAGGGCAAAGGAUGGGGGGCCUGACAGAGCUGGAGCACUCCAGGCAGGUGGAGCAAGUGAGGCAUGCCGACCGGCUGCGCCUGCAUGAGCGGGCGCUGUAUGGCCUCAGUGGGGUGGGCAGCCCCCUGCAGCCCCACGCAGCCCACGCUGACCCCUGGAGCGCCGACAGCAGCCAGUCUUAUGAGGGGCAGUGGGGCAGCCACAGCGACAGUGCUGAAGAGGAUGACGAGGUCAGAGGGUAUCCCCAUGGCCAGGGAUCCUUCUGAGGAGUGCCCUCAAAAGUGUCGGGGUGAUGCAGCACCCUCUCGGUGGUGUAGGAUAGCAUUGUUUCCAAGGAAAACCGUGGGGAGAAAAGCUCUCCAACCUCAUCGUGCUUCUGAAGAAAUAAAGGCAUUUCUGUCACUAUGGCUGCGAUUUGUCUUAUUUCGUCCCCAGCCCAAGCUCGUCCCCAUGCCGGCUAUGGCCACUAGUGAGCUUUGGGCACCAUCUAGUGGGCAAACGUUUUGGUGGGCGAGCGCUCCUCAGCCUACACACCAUCUAGGAACGGGGUUAAAGCACAGAGCUGAGCUGUGUGUUUCAUAGAAUCAUAGAACUGUUUGAGUUGGAAGGAACCCUUCCAACCCUUCCAAGUUUCCCGAGGAAAGGCUGCUUACUGGGGCAUUCCAGCAGAGUAUGAUUGCCAUUGGCACAAUGUGCUCGCUGGCUCAGUGGGACUGUAGAUGCUGGGGGAAGCCCUGAUUUAUGGAGCUGUGACGCGUUCCAUGGCUGGUCCCAGUGGUGUCCCUGGGUUGGGAGCUGUCACCAGGUGGCGUUUGAGGCAGU